GGAGUGUAGAAUCUCUCCUUCCUGUCCCCCCCAGGCCACUAGUGGUACAGUCCGGGUGGUGCUGAGGUGUUCUCCCGCCUGUGUGGGAAGGCAGGCACAAGAGCUGCUCCUCGGCCUGGCACGAGGGGGCAGGAAGCUGAGGGGGGCAGAGGGAGUCAGAAACAAAUGAAUCAUACCAGUGAAGCAAAUAUGAAGAAAAUCAAUGUUGCAAAUCUUGAUAAACUUUUAGAAGACUUCUCACAGAUAGAAAAGAAAAUAUUAGAAAGUAAUGGAAAGAAUAGUCUUCUGAAUCUUCAACUGGAAAAAUGUAAUAGGUUAUUAACAUUAAGUCAAUCUAAGGAAGACUCAGUAAAAGAAGAAUAUGCGACUCUCCAGAAUGUGAUAAAGGGUCUAAGACAAACAAUUGAAAAUCAGUGUAAUCUGAGAGAUGAAAAUGAAAGGUUAAAGAAUAAUAUUCAACUCCUGGAAUCGAAAUUAAAUGCUAAUGAACAGGAAUAUAAGAAUCAAAUUGACAAACUUGUGGCAGAAAUUAAAAACAAAGAGGAAGAAUACAAGCUGGACUUAACAAAGGUUCAUGGUGACAUGAGCAGAAAAUUUGAACUAAAAGAAGAAGAACAUAAAGAAGAACUAGAGAAAAAAGAAUUGACAAUAUUAGACUUAACCAGACAGCUGAGAACUCUAGAUAAAGAAAAACAGAAUGAGAUAAUCAAACUGCAGCUAGAGUUCAAUGAUAAAUUCGCAAGAGUUCAGAAUAAAAUAACAAAAUCAUAUCCUGAUUCUGCAGUCUUGCCUCAAAACAUCUACAGAAGGAAACUUCAGCAUCUCCAAGAGGAAAAGAACAAAGAAAUUGAAAUUCUCCGUAACACUAUUAGAGAUUUAGAGCAACGUCUCAGCAAUGCCCCAAAUUCCCUCCUCAAACGGAGGCGAUUUUGAGUAGAAAUUUGAACAUGCUCUACUGAAAUGCUUUCUUGACUUAAUACAUUAUAAUAUAUUUUUCAGUUGUAAUAGAACAAGCUAUGUAUUUGGAAAGUGAAAACAAAAUAUAAGGCAACUCUGGAAGGCCAUCUGUUUUUAUUGAAAAUUCCUUUUUCAAAUGUACCAUACAUCUAUAUUCUUCUUGUAUUCAGUACUGCUUUCUUGCUUAUUAGCAUUCACCAUAAAAGG